GGGCGGACUCCGACGACGACACCGCCAAGCAACAUCAUGGGAGAUGAGACACACCGCCUGGCGGCGUACCGCUUCGUCGCCUACUCGGCCGUCACCUUCUCGGUGAUUGCCGUUGUGUCCAUCUGCAUUACGUUGCCCAUGGUUUACAACUACAUUCACCAUGUGAAGAGGUCGCUCAAGACGGAAAUCCACUACUGCAAGGGCUCCGCGAAGAGCAUCUGGUCCGAGGUGAAUGUGAUCAAGAGCAUUCCCGCAUCCAACAGAACGACUCGACAAGCCGGAUCAUGUGACGACUGCUGUGCGCCAGGACCCCCAGGACCACCCGGUCCACCUGGAAGGCCAGGUCGUCCGGGAGCCCCGGGAGCUCCCGGAAUGCCAGGCGCACCUGGACGUCCGCCAGCGAGACCUUGCGAGCCAAUUGCACCUCCACCAUGCCCACCAUGCGCUCCUGGCGAGCCUGGACCUCCAGGACCCCCAGGACCACCAGGACCACCUGGACCACCUGGGCCCUCCGGAAACGGUGCUGGUGUUGGACCUCCUGGACCUCCAGGACCAAAGGGACCCCCAGGACCAGCUGGAAAGCCCGGACCAAUGGGACCACCAGGACCUCCUGGAGAGUCUGCAUCUGGCCAAGCCGAACCAGGACCACCCGGC